GCUGGAAGAUAAACAGACAGCAAAGAAUCACUUUAGUCAAUUGAAACACCAAGCCCAGUGCUACUCAAACAUCCUCACAGCAGUGCUUGCGAGAUAAAGUCCUAAACCCUCACAUUGUACAUCUUCUUGGGCUGUUGAAUGCGCCUGUGUUCUUAGGGCCGUUUCCUCAUCGGUCUCUUUAUAGGACUGCAAUGGUCACCUCUGAGGCCUGUUUCUGUGACCAGCUUUCCACCCCUUGCUCUCUCUCCAGGGUCUGGAAUGAUGCUGUGGCCGAAUCCUCAGCCGUUUCUCCCCCUUUGCGAUGGAGUGGGACUGAGUCAGGGCCCAAUCGCCUUUGAGGAUGUGGCUGUGGAUUUCUCCCUGGAGGAGUGGGUUCUCCUGAAUCCGGAUCAGAAAGCCUUGCACAAGCAGGUCAUGGAGGAGAUGAAUGGGAUUGUGGCCUCUCUUGUAGAUAACGGGGAGAAGAGCCAUGUAUGCACCAAAUACAGGAAGCAUUUUGGACACAAUGGGGGCCUUCGUCGAGACCAGCAAGCCCACAGAGAAGAUGGAGGUUCUGCCAGAGAAAGGCCCAACAAAUGCAUUGUAUGUGGGCAAUGUUUUACCCAAAAUGUGGCACUUGUCCUUCACAAGACACUUGAUGUUGGGAAAAGCCAUCUUAAAGGGAAAGUAUCUGCAAAAUGUGUGGUGAAACACAAGAAAUUUCACACAGGUCAGGAACAAUACAGAUGCCAAGAGUGUGGGAAGUGUUUUGCUUCCAGUUCAGCCUUGGUGAGGCUCAAAAGACUCCACACAGGAGAGAAGCCACACCAAUGUCAGGAGUGUGGGAAAUGUUUUGCUGAAAGUUCAGCCUUGUUGAGCCACAAAAGAGUCCACACCAGGGAGAAGCCAUACAAAUGUGAGGAGUGUGGGAAAUGUUCUGUUUCCCAUUCAGACUUGUUGAAGCACAAAAGACUCCACACAGGAGAGAAGCCAUACCAGUGCCAGGAGUGUGGGAAAUGUUUUACUUGCAGUUCAACCUUGGUGAGCCACAAAAGACUCCACACAGGAGAGAAGCCACACCAAUGUCAGGAGUGUGGGAAAUGUUUUGCUGAAAAUUCAGCCUUGUUGAGCCACAAAAGUGUCCACACCAGGGAGAAGCCAUACAAAUGUGAGGAGAGUGGGAAAUGUUCUGUUUCCCAUUCAGACUUGUUGAAGCACAAAAGACUCCACACAGGAGAGAAGCCAUACCAUUGCCAGGAGUGUGGGAAAUCUUUUACUUGCAGUUCAACCUUGGUGAGCCACAAAAGACUCCACACAGGAGAGAAGCCAUACCAAUGCCAGGAGUGUGGGAAAUGUUUUGCUGAAAGUUCAGCCUUGGUGAGCCACAAAAGAGUCCACACCAGGGAGAAGCCAUACAAAUGUGAGGAGUGUGGGAAAUGUUCUGCUUCCCGUUCAGACUUGUUGAAGCACAAAAGACUCCAUACAGGAGAGAAGCCAUACAAAUGCCAGGAGUGUGGGAAAUGUUUUGCUGAAAGUUCAGCCUUGGUGAGCCACAAAAGAGUCCACACAGGAGAGAAGCCAUACCAAUGCCAGGAGUGUGGGACAUGUUUUACUUGCAGUUCAACCUUGGUGAGGCACAAAAGACUCCACACAGGAGAGAAGCCAUACCAAUGCCAGGAGUGUGGGAAAUGUUUUGCUUACAGUUCAAACUUGUUGAGCCACAAAAGACUCCACACAGGAGAGAAGCCAUACCAAUGCCAGGAGUGUGGGAAAUGUUUUGCUUUCAGUUCACACUUGGUGAGCCACAAAAGACUCCACACAGGAGAGAAGCCAUACCUAUGCCAGGAGUGUGGGAAAUGUUUUGCUGUCAGUUCACACUUGGCGAGGCACAAAAGAAGCCACACAGGAGAGAAGCCAUACCUAUGCCAGGAGUGUGGGAAAUGUUUUACUCAGAGUUCAGCCCUUAACCAGCACCAGAGAACACAUACCGGCUAAAAAACAGCCAUUGUGUGUAAAUGUCUGAUUUCAAACUUUGAGAAGUUCUGCGUCAGAUUUGAUGGAGUCCCCGUUCUUGUCAUUUGAACCUGUAAGUUGGAGGUCUGUUCUCUGGAGCAGCAGAAAGAAAGCUCUGUGUGACAAUCCCUCAGACCAGUGGUUCUCAACCUGUAGGUCCCUAGAUGUUUUGGCCUUCAACUUCCAUAAAUCUUAACAGCUGGUAAACUGGCUGGGAUUUCUGGGAGUUGUAGGCCAAAACACCCGGGGACCCACAGGUUGAGGACCACUGCUUCAGUGUCAGUUCCUGGAAGGUGUAGGAGACAAAGAUAGGCUCACGCAGCUUGUAGCUAUGGAAAACUUUAUUGAAUCCGCCUUGCCAAAAUGGCCGCAAAGCUUCUACUGCCCGUCUUCCGCUCUUUCCCCUCAGUAUAUUGGGUGGUUGCUUCCCUCCUCCCUUCACGUCUCUUCUUCUCCAUUCACACCUCCCUUUCCUUUUGUCCUUUCCCACGUUUGAAGACCAGACCCUGUCAUAAAUCAGCCUUCCCAGCCAAAUGGUCUUUAUCCGAUUUGUUGUAGUCAGGUGUGAAAAGAACAGCUUGGAGAAUGCUGAUCUUUUUGCAUCCUGACAUUCAGAGAGUUAAAUAUUAAGUUAAGUCUUGUCACCUCGUCUGAAAAGAAAUAAACCAUAUGUGAUUCCAUCACUUGUUCCUCUGGUCUUAGUUUCCAGCUCCAUUUUCACCUUGGUUUAAAUGUCCAGUUUGUGAACGUUGUGCCCCUACAGACACAUCCUCUGUUUUCCUCUUUAGUCAGGACUGGUCAGCUUGAAUAUUGUAAAUGGCCGUUAUGGGAGGGAUCCAGAGUUAGCCCCUUCCCUUUCAGACAGUGGCUCUCAACCAGUGGUCCACGGACUACCAGUGGUUCGCAAGAACUAAAAUACGGUCUGCCUUCUAACCUUCCCUUCCUUUGCUUUCUUUUCUCUUGCCCUUCUUUCCCUUUUCUUCCUUCUUUCCUUCUAUCCUUGUCUUCUUGUCCCUUCCUUUGCCUUCUUUUCUCAUGUCCUUCAUUCCUUCCUUUUUCUCUUCCCUUCCCAUCCUGCCCUUUGCUGCCUUUUCUCUUCCUCUUCCAUCCUUUUUCUCUUCCCUUCCUUUUCUCCCCUUUGCCUUUUCUCUUGCCCUUCCUUCCUUUUUUCUUCCCUUCACUUCCCUUCCUUUUCCUUCUUUUCUCUUGCCCUUCCAUCCUUUUUCUCUUCUCUCCUCUUCCCUUCCUUUGCCUUCUUUUCUCUUGCCUUCUUUCCUUGCUUUUUCUUGCUCUUCGCUUGCCUUCCCUUCCUUUGCCUAUCAUAUGUUAUGGACUGGAGUAGAGUACAAUAUAUGUCUCAUUUGAUGCCUUAUGAACUUGAAUGCAAACUAUAAUUGUUUUUAUUAAUCUGUUUAUCCUAUUAUAUUAUAUUAUUGAUGUACUCUGAUUGUUGUUUAUGUGAGUUUAAUAUGUCGUAAGCCUCUUUGGGUCCAGUGAGGGAGAAAAGCAGGAUAUAAAUAAAGAUUCAUCAUCAUCA